GAAAGCUUCUACUUUUCUCACACAACCUAUCCUAAAAAAGUAUUUUAAAAGAAAGCAUGUUUGUCAAAUUUAUCUGCGCUAUAGUCACGAGGGCACUGUUUAUCCUAGUGUCCCUCAUCGGUGUGUGGAGGGUGACAUGGGUGAAAAACAAUCCUUUAUACUGGUUUCUGACUAUCCUUUAUCUACCUCUCGUGGUGGAAAUGAUUUUAACUCUGAGAAGAAGAAAAGGGAAGGAUUACAAAUGGUUUUCUCCAGCAAUACUGUUUUUCCUUAUCAGCAUCAUACCAACCAUAUGGAUCCUUGAGUUGCACCAUGAGCAAAACAAAUCAAGUGAUACUAAGUGCACUAAACUGGAUUCAUCUGAAGACAUCAGAGCUUUUCUUCACGAGUGGAAAAAUUCCACCAACGGAUCUGUGAAUACACAGGAUCCUCUGAAAUUACUGUCAACGGUUUGUGCCAAUGACUGGAUCCUGGCUCUUCAACAAAUCGUUCUGAUUCUGCUAAUAGUGGGAAAAUGGAUGCUACCGAUCGCCGGAGGCGUCACGAGAGAUGAAAUGUCCCAGUUGUUGCUCAUCUUUGUGGGCACAGCUGCUGAUAUCCUCGAGUUUAUCAGUGAAACGCUGUCUGAUGUGAACGAGGAGAGUCUGUCAUUUGUGUGUGUUAUUCUUGUGGUCUGGACAUUGAGCAUGCUACAGUUUCCACUGCAUUUCUCAGUGGUGAACACCAGAGCAGAAGAUGUUUCUGUAAGCCAGGAUGGCUCGCUGUACUCAAGGUACAGGACGGAUAUAUGGAACAUUGGUGGAAGUCUAUUUCUUCAGGACGGGCCUUUCUUUGUUGUCCGACUUACAGUUAUGAUGGUUUUUUCCAACUUUCAUCAGAUGCUGGUGUUUUUUACCCUUAAAAACUUUCUGGUAGUGAUGCUUAACAUCUACAGGCUGUGGGUGAUUUGGAUUGAUAGCAAAUCGUAACGUGUUUGAACAGAAUCUCGUCUGAGCUAAAACAAACAAAGCAAAACAGUGAUGAUUCAUUGGCAGUAACGGUUUUUUAGAACCGACAUGGUGCCAGUUACAGAGAAAAGUGUAUUUUCGUUAAGCAAUUUGACUUUGACAAGGAUCAACAAUCCAUGCAUCCAUGUUAUAUUAUUAAGAAGGCUGUGAAAGCUAACACAUAAUAAUAAUUAAAUGUAGCUUGUAAAUAUA